GCGCGCUCCCGGCCAUAGAGCCAGCGCGCAGCUCGUGCCGUUCCGAGCUCGUGCACUGUGAAUCACGUCCUACGUCAGAGUCACACUUGCAACGCGCGUGAGAGUAUGGUUGCUGCUUGCGCUCGGUGGGGUUGAGAGGUUAUUUGUAGCUGAGCGCACGCUUUUUCAAUACAUCAGCUCAAGGUAGAGGAAGACCGCCAAGCUUGCUUUAGCGUUAUAAUCAAACUGUGCUUUGAUAUCGUACGCGACGCGUUUAAUUUGGAAGCUCAAGUAAAUCGCUGUGAGAAAGGUGCAGAUGAAGAGGAUGCUGGAAUGAGUGACGAAACAUCAAACACAUCACGAUGGAGUCUCACUUCAGUACAGCAUCACUGUUACUCCGUUUUUUUUUAGCGCUGUAAAACGAGCGAAAGGCCAUUUAUAAUUCUGGAUAUCGAUCCUAACACAGGAAUACGAGUAUUUGUGUUUGUAGUAGGCUAAACCGUUUUAAUCGAUGCUCUGGAAAAAGCGCGCUGGUUAAGAGGAAGCCUUUUCUCAUUUCUUUGGAUUAUUUUAGUAACGUUGUUGCUUUGUAGUAGUAUAACUUCGCUGUUUUAUUGUGUAAUUGGCUAUAUGAUGUAAUAUACAUUAUAAUAAACAGCUGAGUACCCAAUGCUGAGCUGCGAUAGGAGUUUAAAGUUGACCAUGAACUCUUGAGCAUUGACUUUGACAUUAUGGAUAGACGCGGAUGAUUUUCAUCGAACAGGUGUCUCUUUCGUGUUCAUCCAUGACUGCUGUUUGCUGAUGGAACAGAAGGUCCUCAGUAAGUCCUCCAUGGUUUCCAGACUGCCUAAAUUUGGUGCCCGUCCUGUCAAUGGUACCAGCUCACCCCUUCCCAAUGGUACCCAGACUGUGCUCACCCAAGACAGCAAAAAUCCUCCUGCUAGGCCAAACGGAGUGGUCAGAGCCUCCUCCUUUUCCAUGAAAUGGAGGAAGGACAGUGGUGGGUCAGUGGACCCUUCAAGCCCAUUCGAGGGCGGUAUACCAGAGGAGAAGAAAGAAGUUCACUCCCAACAUUCUCCAGGAAGUAGGGAGUUAAAAAGCCCUUCUACUUCUGCUACUAAAGUGCGCAGGUCUGCCUCCUCAUUGUCCACCGGAAGCCCCAAACCUGUAGCCAAAUCCCCUAAAUCCAUCCCAAGUCCUAAACCAAAGCCCCAAAACACUCAGAUCGUGACGACUUCCAAAAGUCAGGACAUAUCCCAAAAAAGUUCAAGCUCCAAGCCAACUCAAAAUGGAACGUCAUCUUUGGGGUCUUCACCAGGCCAAGCAGCCUUUUUGGGGCUCCAGCGACCAAGGGCAAACUCUAGCUCUACUCGAAGCACCUCUAAAGACAGCUUGUCCCAGUCCAACGACAGCCUCUCAAGACAGUCGGUCGUGCCUGACUACAUGGUGCGUUCUCAGAGCUUCACCCACUUCAAGCAACUGCCCUCACCAACGUCCUCACCCAUGACUCGAUCCUUUUCUUUCAACAAGGCCGUGGAGCUAGCCAAACCACUAGCUAAUACCCAGCUGCGUCCUCCACGAACACUUGGACUCAAAUCUCCCCUGACCCUCAGCAAGGGCCGGCUAGUGCUUGGUUUGGGGGGCCUGGGGUUUGGAAAGGGGUCAACAGAUAGAUUACCUGCUGGGACUCCAUCUUCAGAGAGCUUAACGCCUCCUAAUUCCAUAAAAAGGCCACUUCUUCUUAAUUCAGUGCUGACAAAGCACUCGUUACAGGCCUAUAGGCUAAAUCGACCAACUGCUGCCAAACCGCAGUGCCCUCUAGUGGUUGGGAGGAGCCCUGUGGAGAGUGACGGUAUAACCCCGCCUCUCACUCCAGAGCUGCCCCACUGUGCCACAAAGAGUACAUCAGCUUCCAUAGAUUCCCCAGGGGAGCCUGUGACAGAGCUGGGGUCGGAUGGGAACCUCCGCUACACUGGGGAUGGAACAGAGGACAUGUCUCUCUCCUCUGCAUCUUCUCUUGAGAGAAAUGACACCAGUGAGGAGUUCCUAGAUGACUUUGAUAACCUAGGGGACCAAUCACAGAAUGGCAUCCUGCAUAACAAAAAUCCUUUGGCCACACCCACCCAGAUGCGCAUGCAGAGCUUCUUGAAUGAGACCAUGGACUGGACUGGGAUUGGGCUGGCAGGUGGCAAGGCAGAUUUAAGGGGUGGUGUGCUCCGUGGGCCGCCGCUUAUGUCCCCUGACGUGGAUCGUCAUGCGGCCUCCUCUCUGGAGCUCUCCCCCUCUAACAGCUCUGGAGGAACAUACAUGUGGGAUGAGGAGGGCAUGGAGCCACUGGGACAAAACACACACAUACACCGUUGCAGCAGUUAUGAGUCAGAACUCAACAGCAUAGACAUUCUGAACAACUUGGAUAACACUGGCUCAUGUGACCUGGAAGAUGAUGACCUAAUGCUUGAUGUUGAUCUGCCAGAGGACGGGGCCUUACACAAUGAUGGGAUGGCCCACUUCGAGCGCUCUGACAGGGGGGGCCGGCCGGCUCAAUGGAGGAGGAGACAGCAAAGAUGGAGUGGAAUGGAUCAUGCUCAUAAUGACAAUAGGCUAGCCGGGUUUCAUUACGAUGCCUGUCGUACAGGCCAUCGGCCUCUCCAUCCCACAGUUCAGCAUGACAGUCACACGGUGGUGCUAGAUGACCUCACUCUCAAACACGUGGCGGAAGACUGCUCGUCUGUCAAAUCACAGCUGCUCAAACUCAAGAGUCUGCUGCAGAUGGAUGAUGGUGAGAUUACUCCAGAGGGUUUGGAUUCCAGCGAAGAUGACAGCAGAGCCAAGCAGAUGGAGGAACUGAUGAAGGAGGUGGCGCAUCUCAGGGAAGAGCUGAAAAAUAAAGAUAAAAUCAUCACACGGCUCACUCAUCAACAGCAUCAAGAAUCUCCGGUGAGAUGUCAGUGUCAUCAGCUGAAGUCAGGGGCCAAAGGUGACAGAAGAACGCAUCACGAUAAAUCCACUCAGACGGUGUGGCGACCGCCCCAUCAUCACCCCGCUGCUGUACCCACUCCUCUCCUCUCUCCCUGGCAGUGCCAGUACCAGGCUGCACCUCGUGCCAGCAUGCCUCAACGCCGACAAAAUCUGUCUUUGCACCGAUGGAGCUACAGUGUUUACUGGUGUGUUCUGGGAGACCCUCCGCUUCUCUCAGCCUGCUCCCAGAGACUUUAUCCAAACAGACAUCAGUCUGCACAGCCUCAAAUACUUCAGCCCAUCAGUCACAUCCCCAACGAGCCCCUCAUGCAGGGAAAACUAGCAAGAACAGUCCCCACCGGGGGCCACAAUGAUGCCUGCACCGAAGGGGAACAGACUCCUACGUCUUGUCCUCCAGUCCCCUGCACCGAUCCAAUUCUUCCUCCUUUUGGAGACCCACAUGUGGAGUCAAAAUCUCUUCCUGACCCAGAGGAGCUGAGUUGGUUGCUUAGCACCCAUCUUCGCAUACAAGACAACGAGAGUAACUCACAGGAGGCUGGGGAACAGAUUGCGAGACCAACCCCAGAAAGCCGUCAAAAGAAACUCCUGCAAACACCCCACACCCUGUCCUUCAGCCCACGUUUCCUGCAGCCUCCACGUCUACACAAACGAGUAACUCUCCCUGCUCUGCAUAUAGGGGGCAGUAGUGGGUCAAACCCAAAACCAGGACCCUCAGUGAACCGCAAGGCCCAUCAGCUUCUUCCUCCUCCAUCCAGAGGUUUACCAUGCUAUAGUGCAGGGAACCACGUCGUGACUCGCGGCCGGCUAUCCCAGCCUUGGCCAGCAGUGGUCAGGAGAGAGGCUGACCCAGAACACAACGCUUCGGUACCGCUCAGUAUCUCCACAAGACUUGCAAAGCCAAAGAACCACUGAGCGUCAGCUGCAGCCAUAGACACUGAUAAGGCUACCUCCCUGAACGCAUGAUCACAUGCGGCUUGCACUAGAUGGUGGUGUUAGUGGCUAGACAACCUUUUAAGCUAAAUAAAGCAGCUAAGCUAUCACAUCUAACUAUGCAACAAAAAAGUAGUGUCACAAUCAGCGCUUCUGUCGCACAAAUCCGCUCAUUUGGUUCGGACUAAAAGUCAUUGAUCGUCAUUCCAAAGCCACUGAGAAACUCACAAUUUACCACUCACAAUUAUAUUAUCCAUAAAUAAACAUUAAUCUGGAGAAAAGGAUGUGACAGAAAUUCAGACUGAAAGAGAAUGAUUUGAGAAAACAAGCAAUGGAAUGCACUAGAGAGCUCUUUUUUUUUUUACCAUUACUCAAACGUCAAAGACGACACGAGUGCAGUGCCAUAGACUGCCUGCGGAGCUUUUUCGAGGCCCUCAGUCUCUGGAUAUUUUCCCAUGUGGCGUGCCCUCUGGACGCCCACUCAUUUAGUGGGUGAAUCUGACAUUUACAUCACCAGCCUCCCGAGGCUUAACUGCGAAAACACAUAUUAUUGUCUACGCAACCUCCCAGAGCUUGCCGUAAAGACAGAGAGAAGUCAGUAUGUCACAUGACCCAAGUCUCAUCUUCAGUUUCCACAGGAAAACCUGUCAGUCUGCAGUGAUUUGAUCUGUUUGUAUAUUACUUCCUUCCUCAUUUCACAUCCUUGUCUGUAUUCACCUCAUAAACGUUAAGAUAACCAGUCCAAGCUACAAAAUUUAAAUUUUUUUCAUCAUUCUUGUUCCUAUGUCUUGUUUUUCAGUGCUAAAGAGUUGCUUUGACAUACAGACACAGUGUUUUGGCAGGAGAGCGCUCAUACCGCUGUCAGUUCUUCCUUUAUUUUCACCUUGACUUCAGUCAUGAUCAGCAGUUUUUCAUUUUAAUUAAGCUCAUGCCUCCUGUAUUAACAAGGUUCUUUUUCUUGAUUAUGGAUUAUGGCAUGCUUAAAGCAUAAACUUGCCUUUUCAACCCCCAUUAGUUGCACACAAAAUUGUUAUAAUGCUUUUUAAUUAUUUAUACAUUAUAAAGAUGUUUACAGUUAAAAUGCCUUUAUUAAGCUGUUCAGUCAGCUCCAGUGCUGCGGGAAUAACAUUUUUUGCCUUAUCUUUGGCACACAAAUACUAUUGCAGAGACUUGAGUGAGUUGUUAACUUUUGGAAAAGAUUUUCAUCUUGAUUUUGCACUAACUUAUUUUUGGCUUUGCAAGCAAUGUUAAAAAGAACAAAGUACCAUUUAAGGUAAAAUGGUGAAGACAGAGAUAAAUCAGACUUUUUCUAGUGCUGUAAGUUGCUUUUGACCACAGUAGGUGUUUUGUAGGACAUUCAGGAUGUUUUUUUUUCUCUUAAAGAAAGGUUUUCUGUUUUUAAGAAUACAUAAGUGUGUCUUAGAAGCUUGAUAAGAUUCAGUAAUUUGAGUUUUUGUGCUUUUGGCAUGCCUGGAUACAUAAUACACACUGUAAUACACAAAUAUACAUCAAGAUCCAUUGCAUGAAAGCACAUGGACUUAUCCGUACCUUAAUUUUAAAUAUGCACACCUCUGUGUGUUUAUGUGCAAUAUAUGUAUCAGAGUGUAUCCAUACUAGUAUAUACAGAUACUUUACACUAAACUUUUUCAGUGGAUGUUUAAUCCAUUGCAAAAAAAUGAUUUUAUUGCCAUUUUCCUAGAAUAUGAGGGGCUUUGGGUGUUACAACAUGCUUUCACGUGGGCUGCAUACUUCUAGAGUCUAGACACACCCUAAGCAGUGAUGGGCAGCCAUGUCUAAAACCAACUAAAGAAAAUCAAUAGAAGGAUAUUUGUGUGUGUGCGUUUCUCUCUCACCCAACUCUGUGGUUAUACUAAGCAGAAAAUCAAUAGAGGGCUUGUUUUGUAAUGCUCUGGAGAAACUUUGUUUGUAUUUCUUUCUCUCUUUCUGUCUCUUGUUGUGUCGGUAUACAUGUACAGGAGGAGAGGUCCCACUUUAGUCUUGCUAAUGCAAAGUUACAAGAGAAAUUUGAUUUAGUCUGCUGUGGUCAGAGGUGAAUCGCUUGUGUCAGUGAGGUGCCUGUUUACAGCUAGGAGGAUCUUGCCUGUUAACAAGGCAAAAAAAAAUUUGUUACGAUCCAUAUUUAAAGGGACAGUUCAGUCAAAAUGACAAUUUUGUCAUUUGUUCACCCUUAUGUUGUUAAAAAGAAUGAAUUACUUUUUUUCUGUGGAACAUAAAAUAUUCAUACAAUUGAAGUCAAUGGGGUCGAAAAUUAAAACGACAAAAAAAUUAUCCUGUCUUCUCAAAAGUUCAACAACGUGUCUUGAACAAUUUUUCACAGAAUGGACAAAAAGAGUUUCUUUAAAAUAUCUUUGUUCCAGAGGAGAAAAAGUCAUGCAGGUUUGUAGUGACAACGGGUGACAACAUUUUCAUUUUUGGAUGAACUAUGCCUUUAAACUGAGAUAAAGCAGUAAAGCAGCAUAAAGUUUUAUUUGAAAAUUAUUGUAAACCCUGCAUCCUGGCAUUUCUUAAACAUAAUAGAUAGAUUUAAAUAUGAGGCUUUCUACAUCUCUGUCUGUUCAUGCAGUAAAACACUCUCAGCCCGCUUCAUGAGUAUCUGCAAACUCAAAGAUGCUGUUCCCUUUAACAAAUCACCAUUGAGGUGCUGCAGUGAUUUAGAAUAAGAGAUCAAACUGUUAACUACACAUUUAAAACACUAGUUUUUAGAUUUCCAAAUUUCUAAAAAAUGCACUCAUACAAAGACCUCUUACUGUUGUGUAAAAUGCAUUUAUGACUUGCUGCCCAUGUGUGUAUGCCGUGUUCUGGGCUCUUUUCACCUGGAUGAUACUUUAAUAGCAUGAAAAUGUCUGAAACAAUAAACAAUGCCAUGAAUUCCUUUUCAAAAAAUCUUCCAUUUUUCCUUCCAUAUAUAGUUCAUGUCUUACCGUGUUUUUCACCUAUUGUGACCCAAGAGUAUGCGGCAUUGUCAGAACGCUAUACCAUUGCUCCAUUAUAGCUUCAUGAAAACAACAGCUGCCAACCUGUUGGUCUGGACAGAAAAGAUGUUUACUAACAGAGGAAUGAAUUCAAGCACUUUAAAUGAUCCGUUUCAACCUCCACGAUGGAGAGACUGUGGUCUUUUUGACCUGAUCUGUUUGAUUUGCUGUCAUUUGAUUGUGUGCAACUUCUUUUUAUUUGGCUGUUUGUGUUUUGAUGUUCUACCCCUGUAUGCCCUGGUCCAGUGGAAGGUGUGAGACUUCAAUAAAGUGAAGGAAUAAGA